ACACCCGGUCAAUGAUUAACGCGCCCGGCCCCGCGGCCGUCCCGCCGCGCUGCGCUCCCGGUGCGGGGCCGUGCGGGGGCCGGGGGUGGACCCAGGCCCCGAGCGUCCGGCAGGCGGGACCCCGCGGGCACCGACGCGACUCCGCGGGAUGGAGGGCGACGUGCCUGGGGGGGGCCGGGGCUGCGGGGCGGCCGCGGGGCUGCCCAGCUCCGGCACCCGCUGGGACCCCGCCACGGGCCGCGGGGACGGGCGCACGGUGGUGAUGGCGGUCACCAACCCGGCCUUCGAGGGGGACCCGCCACCCUACUCGCCCCCGGACCCCAAGAGCGUCCAUCUCCUCUACCCGCCAUUCCCGGCCGGCUUCUCCCAGCAAGUGCCAGUCAUCUACCAGCCGGGGCGGGGGCCGGAGCCAUUCCCCCCCGCCCCCCUGCCCUACACCAUCUACGACGGGCAGCCGAGCACAGGGCCGUCGCCCACCAGCCACGGGCAGCGCCUGCCCAAGGACUACCUGGUGGAGUCGGUGCUGGUGACCAUCUUCUGCUGCCUGCUGACGGGGGUCAUCGCCCUCGUCUACUCCCACGAGGACGAGGAGCCGCUCCGGAGCCACACGCGCCUUCGCCCGCCCGCUCUCAGCCCCAUGAGUCGUGGGGCGGGCAGGACAAACCCGGGCCAAAGCGAUGCCAGUGCCGUGCCCCGCCAGAGCCGGCUCUGGGCAAGGCGCCUCAUCGGAGCAGCGGCACCACAUCCAGGAUCAGGCUCUGCUGCGGGAUGCUGAGUCCCGUGAGCACAGACCGGUGGAGGUGCAAAACAGGACCCUCACAGGGCGAGUGUCUUGCAGAGCCGUGGCUGGAGACGGAGCAAACGGCCAAGGCGUGACCGAGAGGCCAAGGUGUGCAGCCGCUCCCGCCGGCAGCUGCUGCUCUGGGCGUGAGAAGCCCUCACUGGUAAUUAAUGUGAGAAGAUAUAAACCCACGUAUUUAGCUUCUAUGGUAAUUUUGCACACACAAAUACACCCCCCACCACCACCUUCUUGCUGCUUCCAGACUGACAUUAAAUACAGGUGUAGCCAAA